AUAUAUGUUGACAUCUAGAGUGCACUUUUUUACGUUUUUAAUUAUUUUUUGUCAUCUAAUGUGUCUUGUACGUUAAGAGGUGUUUUCAAUGAAAAAAAAACAGCAGCAGAGGGUGAUAUCAUAACUACACAGAUGCGUUUAUUGACGCCUCAUUUCGAGUUCAAACGUGCAUCACACUUUGAACCUCAUCUGUCUGCGUAGAGAGUUGAAGGUGCUUUUUAACUUGUAAUGCUCCUUUAGUUUUGGGAACUUGUCUGCCUUAUAAAAAAACUUCAGUAGAGUGGGAGGAGGUGGAGGCGCGUCGUUUAUCUUUAUAUACAGUCUAUGUUGGAAACGCACAGGAGAACAUUCGAGUCUUGACAUUCAGCUCCCAUCAUGGGCUCCCCGGCGUUUGCAGCCAGACCUCACCGGCUCCAUGCGCUCUGCGCUCGGAUACUACCGGCGGCCCGACCCGGUCCGGAGCUCCGACCCGGAGCCUCCGCUGCCGUCUCGGCCAGAAGACACCUGAACGUCCAGACGACAGCUGAGGAAGGCAAACUGAAGAGCAUCGAUGACCUACCGGGACCCAGUUUGUCCACCACUCUGUACUGGUUAUUUUUCAAAGGAUACGCAGACAAGAGCCACUUACUGCAGGGUCUACAGAAGAGUCUGUAUGGACCCAUCUGGCGCUCCAGAUUCGGCCCAUUCGACAUCGUCAAUGUGGCGAGCCCAGAGCUCAUUGCUCAGGUGAUCCGGCAGGAGGGUCGCUACCCGGUCCGAGCCGUGCUGCCGCACUGGAAGGAGUACAGAGACCUGAGGGGACAAGCCUACGGUCUGCACGUGGACACAGGACCGGAGUGGUACCGAAUUCGCAGCGCCUUGAACCCCAAGAUGCUGAAGCUGCGGGAAGUGUCAGCCUACGCCCCCAUCAUCCACCAGGUGGUUCGAGAUCUGCUGCAUCGCAUAGAGCUCCUCCGAACUCGCAGUGAGGACCAGGCAACUGUUUCAGAUCUGGUUGCUGAGCUCUACAAGUUCGGCUUUGAAGGUAUCUCCUCCAUCUUGUUUGAGACCAGGCUGGGCUGCCUGCAGGAGGAAAUUCCUCAAGACACGCUGCGCUUCAUAAACGCAGUCAACAGCAUGCUGACGCUGUCUGAGACGGUGGUCCUUUUCCCACGCUGGAGCCGUGGCAUCCUCCCCUUCUGGAAACGCUUUGUUCAGGCCUGGGACGAGCUGUCUGACGUAGCCCAGAAACUCAUCAACAGGAGAAUAGCUGAAAUCGAGGCCCAGCUGCACAGCGGCGAGCCGGCAGAGGGCAUGUACCUGACCUACCUGCUGUCCUCUGACAAGCUGACCAGAGCAGAAGUCUACAUUAGCAUCACCGAGCUGCUGCUGGGAGGAGUCGACACGACUUCUAACACCUUGUCAUGGGCGUUGUACCAUUUAGCGAGGGACCGCGGGGCUCAGGAUCGUCUGUACCAGGAGGUGAACUCUGUGUGUCCAGACAGACAGGAGCCGACCACAGACGACCUGAGCAGGAUGCCCUACCUGAAGGCCGUCAUAAAGGAAACGUUACGCCUGUAUCCUGUCGUUCCUGGAAACGGACGCUUUAUCUCGGACAAUGAGGUGGUUGUGGACAACUACUGGUUCCCAAAGAAGACUCAGUUCCAUCUGUGUCAUUACACCGCCUGUCAUGAUGAAUCAGAGUUUGCAGAUGCGGAGGUCUUUGUCCCGGAUCGUUGGCUUCGUGCUGAGACAUCCAGUAGAGAUGGUGGCGGCUGCGGCAGGGCGGCACCCGGCACCUUCCAACACCACCCGUACAGCUUCAUCCCCUUCGGCGUGGGAGUGCGAGCCUGCGUGGGGAAGAGGGUGGCGGAGAUGGAGAUGUACUUUGCUCUGUCCAGGCUGAUGCAGCACUACGAGGUCGAGCCGGAGGACGGUGCACCGACUGUAGAGCCCAAAACUAGAACCCUGCUCAUCCCUGCAAAGCCCAUCAACCUGCGCUUCCUUCCCAGGGCCUGAGGGAAGGGCCAACCUGAGAGGCCACAGCACAGAGUUUCCAGGAGACAAAAAAAGGGACUUGAAGACUUUUGGCUUUUUUGUUCUGCAGACAAAUUGAAUCUACAUGUUGGCAGCCUGCACAUCUGAUUACUCUUUUAUUGGAGUGUUUAACUUUUAACUCAGUGCUCAGACUUUGCCUUCUGUACGAUAACAAAUAUAAUCACUGCAUGGACAGUAUGUGUGCAGUAACAAGCCUCCUGUAUAGGUGUGUAUGUGUGUGUGUGUGUGUAUGUGUGUUCAGUGCACUUUGCACAGACAUGUUCAUUGCUGACUUGUGAUUUUAUUAAUUGCUUUUAUUUGUAACAAAGCCAGAACGAACUGAAGUGACAGCUCUGGGUUUAAAAUAGAAAGAGAAGUGUGUGUGUGGUUGUGUGUGUGUGUGUGUGUGUGUGUGUGUGUGUGUGUGUGUGUGUGUGUGUGUGUGUGGAGGACAUGCACACUGCCUCCCUCUGACAAUGAGGCGUAAAAGCAGCCUGUGGUACGGACCGGCUUAAGUUUUGAGAAAUUUAAAUAAGACUGAAGUUGUUUCUGUGAUUUUGGCCACUGUUGGAUUGUUGGUCACCUUCGAACGUAUUUCACGUCCUACACAAGGUUCCUGUUUAACAUAAAAUCAGAUUUAAAGAAGAAGAAAUGACAAAAUAGGAUGUAGGGAAAGUUCGGAAACGACAAGAAAAAUCAGGGAAGGGAACAAAAAGACACUGAAGGAAGGAGGGAUGAAGGGAAACGAGGAGUAACUGUAGGGAAGAAAAUGCAGUUUGCACAUGUUUCUUAUACACGACAGUCACACUCAGUCACUCUGACUUUUAAGAGUCUCCAGAGAAAAGUUUCAUGUCUCAGAAGUUAAAAACUUGUACGAGAAGAAUGGUGACAACUGUUAAAAUCCUGUUUCUGUUGUUGACCAGUAAAAACAACAUAAUCUCUGUAAAACGCCCAACAUGAUACUCAACUACGUAUUGUAACAAAUCUUUACUCAAUGACUAAUAUACUUGCAAAAUAAACAUUUUAUAUCCUUCUGAUGUAAUUUUGCUAACACUGUGAAUAAAAUUCUUUUAAAAUGUAUUUUGAGAUGUAAUUUAGCUCUUAAGGUUUUGUACAACUAUAAAUGUGUAUUUUCACUGUAUUUUCAUUCUUUGAGGAAGUAAAACACAAAAACCGACUGUAAUUCUGGU